AUGCAGGCUGCGUGUGCGGGGCCGGUGCGCGCGCGCGUCCCAGUGCUGCGGCAGGGCGCCACCAGGAGUGGGCUGUGCGCGCACGUGGGGCGCGGAGUACAGCCUGCGCGCGAGCGGCGGACUCACAGGAUCUGUGAGGGGGAGUCCUUCAGCGGUGGCCCUCGCUCCGAGCAGGCGUCACAGCGCGCCGUGCGCACGCACGCCGCCGCGAGCUCCGCGGGGGGCAGCGGCCAAGUGCCGGGGCUCACGACGAAGCAGGUCGUGUACCUCGUGGCGUGGUACGCCUUCAACGUGGCCUUCAACAUCUACAACAAGAAGGCCCUCACCACCUUCCCCUGCCCCUGGGCCAUCUCCACGCUCCAGCUGUUCGCCGGGAACGUCAUCAUGCUCGUCCUGUGGGGGACCAACAUCGUGCGGGCGCCGCGGAUCUCCAAGGAGUUCGUCAAGGCGCUCGUGCCCGCGUGCGUCUUCCACCUGAUCGGCCACGUGUCGGCGUGCACCGCGUUCGGCGCCAUGGCGCUCUCCUUCGCGCACGUGAUCAAGGCGGCGGAGCCCGUGCUCUCCGUGAUCCUCUCGGGGCCGCUGCUCGGCGUGACGUACGGCGCGGGCGUCUGGCUCUCGCUCGUCCCGAUCGUCGCCGGGUGCUCGCUCGCCGCGAUGAAGGAGGUGUCCUUCGCGUGGGGGGGGUUUAGCAACGCCAUGAUCUCCAACGUCGGCAUGGUGCUGCGGAACAUCUACUCGAAGAAGUCCCUCGGCGGACACAAGGAGAUCUCCGGGAUCAACCUCUACGCGUGCAUCUCGAUGCUCGGGUUCGUGCUGCUCGCGCCCGUGGCGUACCUCGUGGAGGGGGCCAAGUGGCCCGCGGCGUGGGACGCGGCGGUCGCGGGGAUCGGGCAGGAGGGCAUCCUGUUCUACCUCGUCGUGUCGGGCCUGCUCUACCACGGGUACAACCAGUCGUCCUACAUGGUGCUCGACACGGGCGUCUCAGCGGUGACCUUCUCCAUCGCCAACGCCCUGAAGCGCGUCGCGGUCGUGGUGUCCGCGGUCAUCGUGUUCCAGAACCCCAUGAACCCGCUCAACGCCACCGGGUCCGCGCUCGCCCUCCUCGGGGCGUACCUGUACUCCGUGGCCACGCAGAAGGAGAAGGACGCCAAGGCCGCCGCGGAGGCCGCCAAGUCCGCCUGA